GCCUGAGCAUGUGGUGAACUGUCAUCGCGCACUCGACGAAGCGAUACCAAAAAAGGAGUACGAGCACAUUACUUCAACUCCGCGUAUUUACUUUGAUUCAGUCGCUUUUACGACAAACACGGCCAAAAUGAAAGUUGUGGGACCUACCUGCGCGCUGAAGAGCAACGUUGGCGGCGACGAUGUCGUCCGGUGUCUCUCCGACCAGAGCCUGACCAUCUCCAAAUGCAAGAUCCCGCUCCUGGAUGAGCAGAUGACCAUGUUUCUUCAGGACAUGAACAGCUGCUACAGCAAGUUGAAAGAGCUGGUGCCCACGCUACCGACCAACAAAAAGGCAAGCAAGGUGGAGAUCCUACAGCACGUUAUCGACUACAUCUGGGACUUGCAGGUGGAGUUGGACGAGCCUGGCAAGAAGCACCAGAACUCCGCUUCCCGAACUCCUCUUACGACUCUGAACGCCGAGCUUGCCAGCAUCGCAGUUGAGAACGGAUGCUCGGAUGACCGAAUCAUGUGUCGUUAAGUUGAUGCUCGAGGUUUCAUAUCAACUGACAGAAAGCAUCCCGGAGAACGAACGAGGUGCGCUGACGUGAUGGACCAGCAACGUCGUGACGCCUCGAACUGUUGGGAGAAUCCCAUUCUUCUGUUGUAGAGGAAGCAAACUUUCAGUAGAGAGUCACAAAAUACGUGGACAUGCAGACUGAACUUUGACCUGCUCUCUGAAAUAUUCCCAUACAUAGACUGUCGUGUGUUAGCUGUGGAAUCCAUGGCGAUAAUUCACCUAUAGUUCAUGCAUUUCCUUGUUUCUUUUUGUCAAUAUUUUCAUAAACUUUAGAGAAAUGUUAUAUUUUGUUGUAAAGGUCGUUUUCUCAGAUUACUGAGCGAAGAAUGUAUUGUAUAUUACAAUGACACAUGAUGUGAACUUUAUUGUGUUUUUUACAAUGUAUCUGUGUUUUUAAUAAAACCAGAAAAUGAGACUA